ACUGUGUGCACCUCUCCUUCGGUUGUCUGGAGAGCAGCAGCCGAGGGCGCCCGCGAGCUCCCUUUCCGGCCACUUUAUCGCCACAACUCCCGCAACGUGCUGCCGCGAGGAAGAGUAUAUUUGCGCUUCCGGAGGCCGAAAGACGGAGUGUAUAAAUAUUCUUAAGGACUUUUGCGGGGGAAUGGAGCGCGUUGUGGGACCGUGCAGAGAUUCCCUGCUGUGAUUCCCGUCAGUGAGCAGAGGAGGAGGACUAGCGCGGUUCCCGCUGCUGCUUGGAGGAUUGUGCGUCUAGCGCGUGUGGGUGCGCGUGUGCGUGCGUGUGCCUUUGGAAAGCAGCCCCCCUCGCUGCAGUUGUUACCCGCUCCACUGAUACAAAGAUGCCAGCGACUUGCUGACGGACACCCGCGGUCCGCAUCCCGCCCACCGAGACCUUUCGUCCCCUCCCCACCCCCCAGACGGACGGACGCACCGAGCCCUGCCAUCCCUCCGUCACUAAUAUGCAAUGUUUUUUUGUGCAGAAGCCGACAGCUGCCGCGUACCGCCGACUUGCCACUAGCCCCGCCGCAUGCCUGCUCUCCGCGCCGCGCGGCACACGACGACGCCAUUUGAAGAGGAGCGCUCGGGGGCUCUUGACGCCGCGGCGGGAGCGCGGCAACAGCAGCAGCAGCAGCAGCGACCGCUCCGCCUCCUUCCCCACCUCCUCAUCCUCACCCUCACCCUCCGCUGCUGAGCACCACCGGCCUCUCCGGCAGCCCGAGGCGGAGGUCGUUCUUUUCCUGCCGCACAGGGACGACGACAAGGCGAAAUACGUGGAAGCGGGCGAGAAACCGGGCGACGGCCCGGGCUUGCUUCUUCUCUUCAUUUCUAUGGUGCAGAUUCGGGGAGCCAAGCGCAGUCGAACUGAGCCCAACAGCUGGCCGUUUCCGCUGGCAUGCCAACAGGGGGGCGGGCCGGCCCCCGUGCGGUGGCAGAAAUUUAGGCUGCCGCAUCCGGUGCGCGUCUCGUCUCCCACCUCCUGUUCUCCUUCCUAUUCAUACUCCUCCCCCUUCUCGGCCAAAUCCAUGCGGUUUAUUUGGAGCAACAUUUUCAGAAAAGGAUCGCAUAUGCUGCAGUGUCUUUGUGGCAGGAGCCUCAAGAAAACCAAGAACCCAACUGAACCGCAGCUGAAGGGCAUAGUGACCAGAUUGUUCUGCAGGCAUGGCUUCUAUCUCCAGAUGGGGCAGGAUGGAAGUCUGGAUGGGACCAAAGAUGACAGCACCAACUCCUCUCUGUUCAACUUAAUUCCAGUGGGACUUAGAGUGGUGGCCAUCCAAUCAGUAAAGAGUGGUCUCUACAUUGCCAUGAACGGAGAGGGUCACCUCUACUCCUCGGAAACGUUCACCCCAGAGUGCAAAUUUAAGGAGUCUGUGUUUGAGAACUACUAUGUGAUCUACAGCUCCAUGCUGUACAGGCAGAAGGAGUCUGGCCGGGCCUGGUUCCUGGGCCUCAACAAGGAAGGGCAGGCCAUGAAAGGCAACAGAGUUAAGAAGACCAAACCAGCUGCACAUUUCCUACCUAAACCUAUAGAAGUUGCAAUGUACAGAGAGCCUUCACUGCAUGACAUAGGGGAGGCGGCGCCUAAGAUCGCCGGGGGCCCGCCUUCCAAAAGCACAACCAGCGAGCCAGUGGUCAUGAAUGGCGGAAAGCCUGUCAGCAAACCUGCCAAGGAGGAGACAUAGCCCGCUCCUCCCCACCCCUACAUCCCCUUUCCACCCACAAGCAACCAGAGGCCAGGAAAAGUAAGCGAUUCUGCAACAAAUGCAACAAAAAAAACUCAGUCAAGUUGAGACCGGUCAACAGCAAGUGCGCACCCAGCACCCCACUGCUCACAUUGUAAGACAGAACUGCUGUUGUCGGCGGCUGAGGGGCAAAGAGGAAGAAGAUGAAGUGGCAGCAGUGUGAUCUCGCCUUGCCCGAAAGGGUAUUCUUAAAAUGAAACAAACAAACAAAGAUACAAAUGUGUCAUCUCCACCGAUGUUUACCUGUGACAGUCUGUUACUUAGAGGCCUGCUUGUCCUCCUCUGAUAGUGUUCAGUUGCCAGGUAUGCUUGCCUCAAACACACACACACACACACACACACACACAAACACACACACACACACAAGCUCCACAGAAUGGAUUUGAAAGCAUCCAGAUAAACAUAAUGGAGUGCUAAAGAUGCAUCUGAUCUGAAAACACAAUGUUCUGUAUCUGACCUCACCAGUUUGGUUCUUAUUUGACAGAUACGGUCGAGCAUGCUUCUUUAUUCCUUUGUAUGCAGUUGGUUUAAGGACACAAAACGCUGGUGAAGACCGAGCUUGCACAGUUGUACAGAUACAGAAUAGACUUCAGUUGCUACCUCCCUGCCAAGCACCUAAAGAAUGCUACCACCUCGUACAUAUGUAGCCAUUCAAGAAUUCUGGCAAGGACCUCUUCAAAUUGGCAUGUAGCUAUAACCGAAGAGAUUUAACAUGUUUGGAGCCCCCAAGCAAAUGAAAGCAGAGCUUUGAGCAGCAUUACUGUUUACAUGAAAUAGCAAAGGACACUUAGAAUGUAGCUGAAGGGAAAAGCGCAAAGCUACACUCUCAGAGACAAAGUACAUAGCUGUACUUACAGUACAGUGAUGGUGUACAACGGCUUGGACCCAUGACUUUUAUUGUUUGGAUGCUGAAAAAGGUACAAACAGCAUGGCAUCGAACAAAUAGUCUUGUGUACCACACACGGGGACUGUACCUUGUGGGACAAAAGUGAGCUCUCAUUUAUGACAGUGUAUCAUAACCUGCUGCCUUCACAUUAACUUGUAUUUAAAGGUAGGAGGGCAAAAGUGAACAGGGUAAAUCAUGUUAAAGCUGCAAUGUGUCGAUUAUGUGAAGCGUGACAUGUGACAUGCAGGUAUUGUAGUGAUAACGGUUUUUAACAUGGUGAUUUUAGCCAGAGAUGGUUGGACCGUAACUAUAGCGCAGAGACUUUAGCCACAAUCAGAAUAUCACAUGAUGAACUUGUGUGGCUAACCCUCAGCACAACGAAAGCAAACCAAAUAGAUUCCUCACUGUGACCAUCAACAUGGCUCUAAUCUGUUCAGGACUUUAAGCCUUGUUCAAGAACCAGACUUUCUGUUUAGACGCCAGUGAACUGAACUGGUAGUUGUUUAGAAACUGUCCCUUAGAAGGUAAGGAUACUGUGAUACCUCUUGUCUUGUCUGUGCCAGUGAAAGAGAUGCUGCGGUUCAGGAUGGCAAUGGAGCAGGGGUGGGCACACCAAUUUCACCAACUUGAAUUAGGAUGGACAUAUCUAUCAUAAAAGGACGCACAAAAAUGUCUCAAUGUCUCCAUGUCAGUCAUUUUGGUCCAAACCAGCCAUUUAUGGUACCAAUGGAGGACCUGUGAUACUGUAUGAGGAAAUGGGAAAAAAUGGGUGUAGCAGAGAAGUAUGUUAGACUAGACCAGGCCAUGUACAGUAUGUGAACAAUAAGACAGUGGUGAGGUGUGCUGUUGGAGUGACAGAAGACUUCAAGGUGGAGGUGGGACUACAUCAAGGAUCCUCUCUGAGCCCCUUAUUAUUUGCUAUGGUGAUGGACAGAUGAUCUCUGUGGACUAUGAUGUUUGCAGAUGACAUUGUAAUCUGAGGUGAGUAGGGAACAGGUGGAAGAGAACCCAGAGGUGCACUGGGCAGAUGAACAAUGAAGGUCAGUUGCAGCAAGACAGUGCAUGAAUGAAAGGGAGGCCAGUGGAUUAGAAAAGGAGAACAUGCAGAAGUUCUGAUUCUAUUAUUAAAAUACAUUAUUUUACAUAUUUUACAUACACAUUUGACUUUUGUAAGGCUGUGUGACCAAUCAGACGAGCUGUAUCGCCUCAGCAACAGGUUGUCAGCACCAUGGGCCAAAGCACUGACACACAAAGGCUUCACAGUUGCAGAAACACCUGACUGGAGGGGGCAGUGUGCCGUACCCUCAUUUCUCGUACAGCGACGUCUUGUUCAAUUGUUUGCGCUGCAAUGACUUGUCUGCUACGCACCUACGACAACAAAUUAUUGCGAGCUCAGUAUUCCUAUCACGAAACUGUCAUUAUAACUGUAUUUCUGCUGUCGUCUCAAUGGGAAGUUGUUGUAGAUUGUCUGAUCUGAUGCCAUUUGGUUUAUAUACAGUGGAACCUCUGUAAAGUCGAACACCACAGCGCUUGUACUAUUUGCAAAGGCACACCAUCUUUUCAAAAAAGAAAAUUAUGCCUGUAGAUUGCAGAUCGUGAGAUCGCAAUUAAGCGAGGAUCAAAGGAAUAGCUGCUUUUUGAUUUUUUUUUUUUUUUACACAAACACUACUUACAAAAGCAACAGCCUAAACGUGAGGUGUGAAGAGGAGAACAGAAAAAGAGAAGAAGAGUUUCAAACAAAUUAUAAGGCCGAUUUUGAGCCUUCUUAACCCCUUCUGAUCAGUCGGCAAAGGCCUAAUUAUAAUAAUAAAAAAAAAACGAAAAAAAGUUAAUCCGAGGUUUAGGAUGUGCUAUGUGUGAUUUUUUCAUUUGUAUUUUUUUAUUUCCCCCCCCCCCCUCUCCGAUUUGCUUGGAAAACGAUCAGGGCCGACAAUCGGAAAAGUUAAACGUUAAAUAUUUACAAUCAUAAAUCCUAAUAUGUGUGGUCAACACAGAGUUCUGCUGAGCUUUUGUAAUACUUUCUCCUACUCUUCCUACUUUUUGGUUUUCAUCAGUCUAGAUGCCCUGUGGCACCAUGCUACCUCUCACAGGUAUUAAUUGGUACUAUGCCAGACAUCUGGCAAUAUGGUUGCGUGUGUGUGGUGUGCUGUGGUGGUCACUUGAAUACAACACACGCUGUGUAAGAGCAAUAAGUACGCAUACACAUUUUUUCCCCUCAUCAUAUAUGCAUUCCUCGCAUUUUAAAAACAAAGACGGAGAACUUAAAUUGGUUAAGAUGUUUAAAAUCCUAUACAUACCGUUCCAUUCUUCCCUCACUUGUGAAGACCCCAAACUAUUUGAACUCCUCCACUUGAGGCAGGAUCUCAUCCCCGACCCGAAGAGGGCACUCCACCCUUUUCCGACUGAGGACCAUGGUCUUAGAUUUGGAGGUGCUGAUUCUCAUCCCAGGUGCUUCACACUCGGUAGCGAACCGCUCCAGUGAGAGCUGGAGAUCACAGCUUGAUGAAGCCAACAGAACCACAUCAUCUGCAAAAAGCAGAGAUGGAAUACUGAGGCCACAAAACCGGACCCCGUCUACAGCUCGGCUGCACCUAGACAUUCUGCCCAUAAAAGUUAUGAACAAAAUCGGUGACAAAGGGCAGCCUUGGCGGAGUCCAACCCUCACCGGAAACGAGUCCGACUUACUGCCGGCAAUGUGGACCAAAUUCUGACACCGGUCGUACGGGGACUGAACAGCCUCUAUCAGGGGGUUCGGUACCCCAUAGUCCCGAAGCACCCCCCACAGGAACCCCCGAGGGACACAGUCGAACGCCUUCUCCAAGUCCACAAAACACAUGUAGAUUGGUUGGGGGAACUCCCAUGCACCCUCGAGGACCCUACUGAGGGUGUAGAGCUGGUCCCCUGUUCCACGGCCAGGACGAAAACCCCACUGCUCCUCCUGAAUUUGAGAUUUGACUUCCCGAUGGACCCUCCUCUCCAGCACCCAUGAAUAGACGUUACCAGGGAGGCUGAGGAGUGUGAUCCCCCUGUCAUUAGAACAUACCCUCCAGUCCCCCUUUUUAAUAAUGGGGACCACAACCCCUGUCUGCCAAUCCAGAGACACUGUCCCCGAUUUCCUCUCAUUCUCUCCUCCCAGACUCUGCUUCCUCAUGGGAAGUCUUCGUAGUAUUCUCCCCACCGAGACACAACGUUCCGAGUCGAGGUCAGCAGUACCCCAUCCUCACUAUACACAGUGUUGAUGGUGCACUGCUUCCCCCUCCUGAGACGCCGAAUGGUGGACCAGAAUUUCCUCGAAGCCGUUCGGAAAUCGUUCUCCAUGGCCUCACCGAACUCCUCCCACACCCAAGUUUUUGCUUCAGCGACCACCAAAGCUGUAUUCCGCUUGGCCAGCAAGUACCCAUCAGCUGCCUCAGUAGUCCCAGAGGCCAAAAAGGCCCGAUAGGACUCCUUCUUCAGCAUCUCUCACCGCUGAUGUCCUCCAAUGGGUUCAGAGAUUGCCGACACGGCACAGGCACCGACUACCUUACGGCCACAGCUCCGGUCGGCCGCCUCAGCAAUGGAGGCGCGGAACAUGGUCCACUUGGACUCAAUGUCCCCAGCCUCCCCCGAGACGUGGGUGAAGUUCUGCCGGAGGUGGGAGUUGAAACUCCUUCUGACAGGGGAUUCUGACAGAGGUUCCCAGCAGACCCUCACAAUACGUUUGGGCCUGCCAGGUCGGACCGGCAUCUUCCCCCACCAUCGGAGCCAGCUCACCACCAGGUGGUGAUCAGUUGACAGCUCCGCCACUCUCUUCACCCAAGUGUCCAAGACAUGCGGCCACAAGUCCGAUGACACGACCACAAAGUCGAUCAUCGAACUGCGACCUACGGUGUCCUGGUGCCAAGUGCACGUGUGGACACCCUUAUGCUUGAACAUGGUGUUCGUUAUGGAGAAUCCGUGGGGACCACAGAAGUCCAAUAACAGAACACCACUCGGGUUCUGAUCGGGGGGGUGUUCCUCCCAAUCACGCCCUUCCAGGUCUCACUGUCAUUGCCCACGUGAGCAUUGAAGUCCCCCGGCAGAACGAUGGACUCCACAGUAGGAGCGCUCUCCAGCACCCCCUCCAAGGACUACAAAAGGGUGGGUACUCUGAACUGCUGUUUGGUGCAUAGGCACAAACAACAGUCAGGACCCGUCCCCCCACCCGAAGGCGGAGGGAGGCUACCCUUUCGUCCACCGGGGUGAACCCAAAUGUACAGGCACUUAGCUGGGAGCCAAUAAGUAAACCCACACCUACUCGGCGCCUCUCACCGUGGGCAACUCCAGAAUGGAAGAUAGUCCAACCCCUCUCAAGAGGACUGGUACCAGAGCCCAAGCUGUGUGUGGAGGCGAGCUCGACUACAUCUUGUCGGAACUUCUCGACCUAACACACCAGCUCAUGCUACUUCUCUCCGAGAGAGGUGACGUUCCACGUCACGAGAGCCAGCUUCUGUAGCCGGAGAUCGGAUCGCCAAGCUCCCCGCCUUCGGCCACCGCCCAGUUCACACUGCACCCAACCCCUAUGGCCCCUCCCACACGUGGUGAGCCCAUGGGAAGGGGACCCACAUUACCCUUUCGGGCUGUGCCCGGGCGGGCCCCAUGUGUGCAGGCCCGGCCACCAGGCGCUCGCCUUCGAGCAGCCCCAGACAACUUAGCUCCUAGGAUCAUUGGGACACACAAACCCCUCCACCACGAUAAGGUGACGGCUCAAGGAGGGGUGAUACAAUGUUAUCAAGGAUUUAACAAACAUCCCGUUUAAUUUUGGUUUCCUGAAAAGUAAUGGCCGGCAUGGUGAACGACUGGUUAGCACAUCUGCCUCACAGUUCUGAGGACUGGGUUUCAAAUCCCGGCCCCGCUUGUGUGGAGUUUGCAUGUUCUCCCCAUGCCUGGGUGGGUUUUCUCUGGGUACUACAGUUUACUCCCACAUCCCGAAAAAAAACAUGCGUAGUAGGUUGAUUGGAGACUCUGAAUUACCCGUAGGUGUGAAUGUGAGUGUGAAUGGUUGUUUGUUUCUAUCUGCCCUGCGAUUGGCUGGCAACCAGUUCAGGGUGUACCCCGCCACUCGCCCAAAGAUAGCUGGGAUAGGCUCCAGCAGCCCACGACCCUAGUGAGGAUAAGCGGUGAAGAAAAUGGAUGUGUGGAUGAAAAGCGAUGGUUUUGGAGAUGCGAGGUGACAUCCAUUGUUAUUCAACAACAAAGUUCAUGAAACACAUUCGCUGCAUCUGUGACAAGACUAACCUUCACAUUGAUUUCUAAAUUUGAACAAAUCGGAGGCCCUUAGAGGUUCCACUGUAGACCAAAUGUUCACAUGCUCUCGGCUCCAGUGUGCCUCACACAAUGUUCCACUGUGAGGGCCAUCUCUUGAUGAGUCUUUUGGCCAGUGUUGUAAUUGUCUUUUGUAGACAAAAUGUGGCUCUUUUCUGUGUAUUGUAGCACUCGUGUCACGCUAUUAUGGUUGCUAGGAAACGAUCAGAAAACAAGCCCUGACAAUCAUGCCUGUCAUCAUUUUAUCCCACCAGUAGAGUCCCGGGGAUAAACUGGAUAAAGUUGUCUGUCCAACAACACAGAGAUCACAUUCCAAUUGUGUGUGUUGUUCUUCACAGUAUACAUGAGCUCUCAUCGUAGGCCCAAAAAAUGUUUUUUUUUCUCAGUUGUGACAUUUUUUUAAAAAUGGUUUGAUUUGAGCUGAUGUUAUCAUUGGAACCCUUCUGACCCAUGGUACAUAACCAGCAUCAUGUAAAAUUGGAGUUGGACACAUUAUGGUCAUCAUGCAGUACAUGUUGUUUUUUUACUGGGAAGGAAUGUUCUUCAUUGUGCAUUAUCAAUCUUCAGCUUGUUGGGUUAGCACCUGGGAGAAUGCAGCUUUUGAAGAUCUCUCACACGUGUUCAAGAAUAAUUUCCGGGGCCAUGGACCAAAGAUGCAGAUACGUAUAACAGGGUCUUCCAGGUUCCUAAUCACACCUCCCAAUUAAGGUGAGCAUCUCCAUAGUUAGCCUGGCUGGUGCCAAAGCUACAAUUAUGAGCUCUAACUGCACUCUGUGUGCAAAGAAAGAGCAUAUGCUUUAAUUAGAAGGGAGCAAUCAUGACAAACCUGGAAAUCUUUUUAAUUUCCACUCAUGUACCAUUGCAAGGGGCGUGUGUUUGAGCGUGGACCUGCAGCCGUAGCUUGUCAGCAGCGCGGGCACGUUUUAGUGACACAAGCCAAGGACACGUGACGGUUAGAACUGUGCUCAUGAUGUAGCCUGUUUCCUUCAGGUUCACUCUGUUCCUCGAAUAGAAGAACGCCUUACUACAUGCAUACACUUGUCAAUGAUCCUUUGGUCCACUCUGUUGUCUUGGCUGUAAAGAGGUUAGCCAGAGCACUUAUCCCCACCUCCUUUCACUGCUUGGACUUUUCCACUUGUUGCACGUGUUCUAAAAAGGUCCAGAAACAUGGGGUGGUAGGGGCUAAUGCAUGUGGUCAUGUCGGAAAUAUGUAAUGAAUACAAAUCAGCAUGUAGCCAAGGGGUGGGUAAAAUCUGUUCUUUAAUCCGGCCCGUUGAGCAUUUCCAUUAUCAAGAGUCUUGUUAUAUUUGUUGCAUUAAUUUAAAUGGAUUCCCCCUAAUUAAAGUAGCAUUUAUUCAUUUUCAUGUAUUUAUUUGUUUAAUUGAUUUGUUUUAAAUAUCACGUGGGUUUACUCUGGUUUCCACUUGCAUUCCAAAUAACAUGCUUGUUAAUUAAAAAUGAAUAGUUAUUUGUCUAAAGCUGGUAUACGUAAACUCCAGCUCACAGGUGAGCCUCAUGAGGAUAAGCGGUAUAUAUGAAACAUGAUCAUUAUUUAUAUUUAUUUAUUAAAAUUAGGUAUUUUAAAGACACUUUAACUUUUCUUUAAAUCUCAGCUACAAAUUACCUGGCUCAUCUGUCCUUCUUAAAAGUUGAAUGUGGCCCCUAAGCACAAAGAUUUGCCCACCACUUAUAUAGUCCAACUCUGCUACUACUGUAAUUUGCACUGGACGAAAUGCUUUACAGUCUGAUGGAUGGUGUCUUUUUUUAUUUAUAUAUUGUCUUUCAUGUAUUUUUGUUUUUCGGCUCGUGUAAAGAUUAAUGGCACCAGUAAUUAAAGCAAGCUGAUGCCCAGCAUUUCACCAGUGUUAAUCCUGUAUUGUUACAGUAAGUUGGUAGCAAAAUGUUGCGAGUGCUUACUGUCUUUCAGUAUAUGUUCAGUUCCACUAACAUCCAUAAUAUGCAAAUAUUGUACAGUUUGUGUCCAACUUAUUGUAUACACACAGAUCAGAACAAUAUUAAAUAAAAGAUUUAUAGAAAGAAA